GAGUUGUUUUCACUAGAGGGUAUUUACUGACCAAGUCUGACUCAAGUGAUUUUUAAAGUUUACAAUUUGAAUGUGUACGUGUCCUGGUUGCUGCAACAAAAAGGAGAGAUGCUCAUAACAGUCCUUGUUCUCCUGUGGCUUCCGGGAGGGCAUUUCGAUAAUUCAUGUAAUUUUCAUGAAGAGGCCGUUAGCUGCAUAGAUAUACAACAAGAAGAAUUUAUUGAUGGAUUCUACGAGAACGAGCGAUAUUUACAAAAAAAUAAUGUGUACUCUAUUGAAAUAUUGGAUUCAAAUUAUUCAUUUAUAGAAUCCUUCAUCGAUCCAAGAAGAUUUUUUCCACGUGUAGUUGUUGUUCAUUUGAGGAUACGGAACUCCUUAAUUCAACACAUUGCCAGGAAUGCUUUCGAAGAUUUGGAUAAUCUGUAUACUCUGGAUUUGCGAGAUAAUUCAAUAAAAGAAAUCGUUUUCAUUGAGACUCUCAUACGUUUGACAAGUUUGGAUUUGAAUAACAAUGUAAUCAGCGUUUUAGACUUGAACAAUUUCAAGUCACAAAAUAUGGUGAAAGUUAACGCGAGAAACAAUAGUAUUGUAGAAAUAUUACCUUCCAGAGAAUAUAAUAGAUUUUCUUCAUUUGAUGUGAGCCAUAAUGUAAUUUCGGAAUUCAAUGAAACUCACUUAAAUUGUUUGUUUGUAUCAUUAGAUAUGAGUUAUAACCUAAUUCAAAACAUAUCGGUGGCAUCAUACAAAAAUAUCAUCAAUUUAGAAGGAAAUAAUAUCAACUUCCUGACUUCACAGGAAGGCAGAACAUUGAGGUGCCAACAAUUAUAUUUAACAAAUGUGCCUGUGUCUCUACCUUCACAAUUGGGAGUCUCUGAAAUUUUCAGAAUAAGAAACUUUCAAUUGCCAAUACUAAGUGAAUCGGAAUUCGAUAUAGAUCGGCUCGAUGCCAGCUCUUAUCUCAAAAUAGAUUUUUCAAAUUCAUCUUUAACAGAUACAUCUCAAAAUUACUUUUCAAAUAUCGAGUUAUCGCUUUUGAAUUUGAGCUAUAAUAAUUUUUCAGUAUUGGAAAAAAGUUUAUUCAAGAGUUCAAGUAUAAAUAUUCUGGAUAUAUCGUAUUCAGGAAUAACAUAUUUAUCCAAUAUCGUAUUCAAAGAUAUGUCGACUUUACAGCUAUUGAAUCUAACAGGCAAUAACAUACAAGUCGUUGAACAUAUCUGCAAGUUCGUCGAUAUUUUUUGUAUUGAUUUUUCGCAUAAUAUAAUAAAUACUGUUGAAUCUAAUUCAUUCGGUAGCUGCAGACAUCUACACACGCUCAAUAUUUCCAAUUCUCAAGUUAGAAGCAUCAUGCCAAGAGCAUUUUCAGAUUUAUUUCAUUUAACAAAUUUGAAACUGGAUAAUAAUAAUGUUAAAAUUGUUGAUGGUAAUACUUUCGGAGAUUUGAGAUCAGUAAUUGACUUAUCUAGGAAUGAUUUGGGUAUCUUGCCAACCAACGCCUUCUCCAAUUCAGAAGUUAUGGAUUUGCGAUUUUUUGAUGCCCACAUAGAAAUUGUAAGACACAAAUCAUUCAAUAAUUUAUCUCGAUUAAAACAAUUGAAUCUUUCGCAUACUGGCAUCACAGAUGUGGAAGAUUAUGCAUUUUUCAGUUUACCUGCAUUGCUAACUAUAGAUCUGAGUAACAACAAACUAACAGUAGUUAAGAGUUACACUUUCAUCAACUUACCAGUAGAGGUUUUGCUCCUAUACGGAAACAAAAUAAAAAUAAUAAAAACAGAAGCGUUUACCCAUAUGUAUUUUCUAAAACAAUUGGAUUUAUCAAGUCUUGAAAUUCAAACAUUAGAAUCUUUUGCGUUUUCUGACCUAAAACAACUCGACAUUAUCGAUUUAAGAGGUAAUAAUAUAACUGAAAUAAAGAGGAAUGUUUUUACUGAUCUCGCGGUACGUCACAUCGAUCUAACUAACAAUGAAAUUUCCAGCAUAGCCCCUAUUAAUAAUACUGUUACAAUUACAAAAUUGAGUUUACGAUUCAAUGGAGUUUUGGAAAAGCGAGCUAUAUCGAAUAUCUAUUUGAGAGAAGUAGUUUUUGUUAAUUCUUCAAUACGUUUGUUAAGAGACGGCUGUUUUAAAGGCCUGUACAAUUUGGAGAAGUUGCUGUUCAAUGAAUCAGAGGUAAUUAUGUACGAAUCAGACACCCUACGUGGGUUGUAUCAUUUGAAGUAUUUGGACGCUUCAAAUUUACUCAGAAGGAAUGAAGUGAUACAAAAAAACUUUUUUAAAGGUCUUGGUAACCUGAAAUUUUUACAAGUUUCGAAUAUGAGCUUGAAAACAGUUGAAACUGGGGCUUUCGUUGGACUUGACAGCAUAGAGAAAUUGAAUUUAGAGAAUCAUCAUCUUACUUCCAUAGAUCUGAUGGAGAUUCUCAAUGGAACCAGAAAACUGAAAAUCCUAAAACUCAGUAAUGGAAACAUAAGCAAUUUGAUAUUCAGAAAAGACCAAAAAACUCUUUCCAGUUCCGCACUUAAGAUGUUGUUUAUAGAUAACAACCAUAUACAAACAUUUCACCAUGAAGUAUUUCACAAACUGAUCAUGUUGGAAACUUUACAUUUGCAAAAUAACAAAAUAAACAUGAUUCCUCUCCAAAGUUUCAGGUAUUUGAAUAAUUUGAAAGAGUUACGACUGGACAAUAACUAUUUGAUAACACUCGGUCCUGGCAUGUUUGAGGGUUUGAUAAAUCUGAGAAUGCUCAAUUUAUCACAUAAUAUUCAAGUUUCCUCUGAUUCUUUGAUAACCUUGCGUAGUUUGAAUAUAUUGAAUCUGGAACAUACUUCCUGGAAAGACAUUAAUGAAAUCACUUCAUUUAGGGAUGAUUUUCCAGAUCUGCGAGAAGUAUAUAUAAAUAACAAUCCCUUCUCUUGUCCUGAGUUAUCGAUAAUAAUGAAAUAUUUUUACGAAAAUUCGAUCAACCAUCCAUCUGAUAAUCCAAGAUAUGAUGUUUGGAAUAUAAAUGGCAUAGUUUGUUAAUAUUCAGAUAUCAGAAAAUAAAGUAGUUGUUACGAAUA